UUUUUAGUUUCAUCUGCAUUGUACUUCUCAAAGUUCACUGUACCCUUUCCAAUAAGUUAAUUACUAUAUUUGCAUAAUUCCAAAGAUUUGCAGAGGAAAAAACUACAAUUAUAUUUGGUGUAAGAAGUUGCAUCAGUCAUGUACUGGCUCUAGGGAUGGUAAUUCAUAGUAACUUAGGUGGUUCAGCUUGCCCUGGGAAUGGCUGUGUUCUUUCAAGCAGUUGUGCAGAAGAGGGGUACUGAUUUGGUCCAGCUAGAUGUGUGGGGGAAAGGAAGUGAAGGAAAAAGGAGGUGCAGAUUGUUAGACUUUUUCCAGAGAAAGAAGGGUGGAGAGCUCUCCAUCUUCAUUCCUGACAGGAGCUAGUGUCCCAGAGAGAAAUUCUGAACAAUUUAUAUCUCUUGACAGGUAGCCAGUUCACUAAUGCAGAGCUCCCAGUUGAAGAGACUUAGGUCAGCAUACACUCUUGAGACUGGUUGGUUUCCUGAACUGCACACUGUUACUAUCCUGUGACCUGGCAUCUCUCUGUUGUCUGUCACCCUUUCCAGAUAUGGAAGAGAGCAGCAGCGUUGCCAUGUUGGUGCCAGAUAUUGGGGAACAGGAAGCAAUAUUGACAGCCGAAACUGUCAUCAGUUCUUCACUGGAAGUUGAUGAACAAAGUACAGCUAAAACAGAUCCAUUAAUCCAUGUUAUCCAGAAGUUAAGCAAGAUAGUGGAACAUGAAAAGUCACAAAAAUGUCUUUUAAUUGGGAAGAAACGCUCACGUUCAAGUGCAGGGACACACUCUCCUGAAACCCAAGAACACUGUGAGGUCCCAGCUAAGGUAGCCCAGCCGCCUGCUGCUGGUAUUAGAAGGGCUGAGCUGUCACAAACGCCAUUUAGCCCGAACUCUCUUGCCCAGAAUGAUGGGAAGGCUAUGUCUUACCAGUGUAGUCUUUGCAAGUUUCUGUCAUCAUCUUUUUCAGUGUUAAAAGACCAUAUCAAGCAGCAUGGCCAGCAGAAUGAAGUGAUACUGAUGUGCUCAGAGUGCCACAUUACGUCUAAAAGCCAAGAGGAGCUGGAAGCUCAUGUGGUAAAUGACCAUGGAAAUGAUGCCAACAGUCACAUUCAACCCAGAGCCCAGCAGUGCACAAGCCCCUCCAGCUCUGUGUGUCUGAGGCCUACAGAAAGGAAGAAUGAAGCCACACCUGACCUCCCUGUUAGUGUGAGCAGUCCACAGACACAUGCUGUCCCCACCGCAGCCGAGGCAGACAUGGGGAGGAGGAAGUGGUACGCCUACGAGCAGUACGGCAUGUAUCGGUGCUUAUUUUGUAGCUACACGUGCGGGCAGCAGAGAAUGUUGAAAACACAUGCUUGGAAACAUGCCGGGGAGGUGGACUGCUCCUACCCAAUAUUUGAAAAUGAGAAUGAGCCCCUGGGCUUGCUGGAUUCCUCAGUGGCUACUGCUCCUGGCGGGGUUGAUGCCGUGGUCAUCGCCAUUGGAGAGAACGAACUGAGUAUCCACAACGGGCCGUCAGUACAGGUGCAGAUUUGCAGCUCAGAACCAUUAUCCUCUGCAUCUGCCUUACAGCAGGGUGCGGAGGGGGGUGUUGGUGUCCGUCAGUCAGUGACCCUCGGCCCUAACGAGGAGGACAUGCUCGAGGUGAUUUCUGAUGCGGAGGAGAGUCUGAUGACUGACAGCCUCCUUUCAUCUGCACAGAAGAUCAUCAGCAGUAGCCCCAAUAAAAAAGGUCAUGUUAACGUGAUAGUGGAGCGUUUGCCAAGUGCUGAAGAAACUGUGUCACAGAAACCUUUCCUCGUGAAUGCUGAAAUUGAAGAGGAGAACAGCCUGAGCCCGACAGAAGCCCAGACAGAGUGUGAAGGGAGGGGUGAAGUAUAUCGUGCUGAUCAGUGUACUGUUGAUAUCGGGGGGCUGAUCAUAGGCUGGAGCAACCCAGAGAAGAAGGAUAGUGAGUUAACCCAUCAGGGACUGGCCCCUGAUGAGAACGCCCCCCCUGGCCGCAGGAGGACUAAUUCUGAGUCCCUUAGACUGCACUCCCUGGCGGCAGAAGCCCUGGUCACAAUGCCGAUCAGGGCUGUGGAGCUCACAAGAGCCAGCCUCGGGCACUAUGGGAAUGUCAACCUCUUAGACCCAGAUACUGGACAGAGGCAGGUAGAUAGCACAUUGGCAGCGUAUUCUAAAAUGAUGUCACCACUUAAAAACUCUUCAAAUGGAUUAACUAGUUUUAACCAAAGCAACUACCCCUUGGUGACGCUCCCAGAGGGCAGGCAGGAAUUGUCCGACGGGCAGGUAAAGACAGGCAUCAGCGUGUCCUUACUCACUGUCAUUGAAAAGCUGAGGGAAAGGACGGACCAAAAUGCUUCAGACGAGGACAUCUUAAAGGAGCUGCAGGACAAUGCGCAGUGCCAGCCCAGCGGCGAGGCCAGCCUGUCGGGCGGCAGCGUGGUGGAGUAUAUCCCAAAUGCAGAGCGGCCCUAUCGCUGCCGCCUCUGCCACUACGCGAGCGGAAACAAGGGCUACAUCAAGCAGCACUUGCGGGUCCAUCGGCAGAGGCAGCCCUACCAGUGUCCAAUCUGUGAGCACGUGGCUGACUGCAGCAAAGAGCUGGAGAGCCACAUGAUCCACCACUGCAAGGCCCGGCUGUACCAGUGCAAACACUGCACUGAGGCUUUCCAUUACAAGAGUCAGCUGAGGAACCAUGAGAGAGAGCAACACAGUCUUCCAGAUACCUUGUCGGUAGCCGCUUCUGCAGAGCCAAGAGUUUCCAGGGACAUGGCUGAGGCGAAGUGUGCCCAGGAAGAAAAUAAGUCUUCAGUCCAGAAACAGUACAGAUGUGAUGUGUGUGAUUACACAAGUACGACAUAUGUUGGUGUCAGAAACCACAGACGAACCCACAACUCGGACAAGCCGUACAGGUGCUCUCUGUGCGGGUACGUGUGCAGCCACCCACCUUCCCUGAAGUCGCACAUGUGGAAGCACGCAAGCGACCAGAACUACAACUACGAGCAGGUGAACAAGGCUAUCAAUGACGCGAUCUCUCAGAGCGGCAGGGUUCUAGGGAAAUCCCCUGGAAAGACUCUAGUAAACAGCGGUGAAGAAAGAGCUGAUCCUCUCACUGGGAGUUCAGAUAAUGUGGUGUCACCCUCAGAGCCAAGUCCCCAGGCUCCCACCGAGAAUGAGAAACUCAGCCCUGCAAGCAAUACCUCAUGUAGUUUAGAAAAGAGCUCCAGUGUGGCCCCUCCGGGUAUGGAGUAUUGUGUCUUACUCUUCUGCUGCUGUAUCUGUGGUUUCGAAUCUACCAGCAAAGAAAACCUGUUGGAUCACAUGAAGGAGCACGAGGGUGAGAUUGUGAACAUCAUCCUGAACAAGGAGCACAGCACAGCUCUGAACUCAAGUUAGAUGCUGCAGGAGGCCUCCCAGGCAUCUCACCAGACACAGAGGAGAAGUGGGAUGGUUUAUAAGGAAAUGGCGGGUGUGACUUUGGAACCAGAUGGAUCCGCGGCAAUAAUAUUUAAAUAUUCUGAGAGAGGGGAAAUGGGUCAGAGAAGAAGCAAAGAUGUAACCCUGUUUUAACCCUCUGUUACCUCUUGUUAGUGUUGGGUGUAUUUAUUAUGAAAAGCUUACUACAGUGUAGAAAUGCAAGCACAAGAGCUAAGAAAGGGUUUUUCAGGAACUGUUCUAAAACUCAUUGUUAUAAAAGUGUCAGUUUUCAGCAGAGCUUGGCUUUCUUCCUUCGCAGUCUGACAGCAGCUCUGGAAUGACAGGCCUCCUGUGGGCAGUGGGAGGCUGCUGUCAGCAGGGAGGGCUUCAAAGUAAUCUACCUGAAUCUUCCUCCAACUGAUAGGAAGUAAUCAAAUAGUCUCAGAUAUGUUGCUUUACUCCUUAAAAAAAAAAAAAAGGGAAAGAAAGGAAAGAGACUUGAAUCCACAUCUAGAUUGUAAAUAGGCAUUUAAAGAGUAAAUCACUGUCUUAGGUUUACAGGGGGUUUCCUAUAAACCUGGGCACAGGAAGAGAGAGGUGAGCCCACCAGACUCAGCCAGACCUCAGGGUCCCUAGACCUGUGUCUCAGCACAGGACAGUCACUCCCCAGCGCGUCUUCAGUGUCUGACAGGUCACACAGUCUUGGUGGUUACACAGGCCUUCCACCCUCUUCUGAACCAAACUGAGCUUUUAUCUGAAAGACUAUUAAAGCAACAAAGUACACAAAUUUGUAUUUGAUCAUCAGACUUUGGAAAUUGUUUGAUCUCUUAAAUAAAAAUCAUUUGAGGGAAGAAGAGUGAGAUCCAGAAUCCCCUUAAAAAGAGGUCUUUGAGAUUUUACUUUCCUAUAGUUUAUUGAUUUAGUUACACUUAGCAUAGGAGUUGUAACGAAAUAUGGUUAAAAUGUGAAAAUUCAGGUUGUUUAUAAAAUUUUUAGUAACAUUUGGCAAGUCUACAGGGUUUCUUCUCUCUAGGAAAUUCCUCUUGUCAGCGUGCGAUAGGACACAUGGGAAGCCAGCUGACGUGCUUUUGCUUUAAAACGCACCAUCAAAUACAUAUGACUUCUCAUUAUUUAUACAUUUUGUAUUAAUGCAUUUCCAACAGUGAAGAGAACAGAGUUUUUGUUUUUGCAUUGGUAGUUGGGUCAUUUCUUUAUGUCUUGUUUUGUUGAAGUAAACUGUGCCCACAGUCGGAGGUGGUUCCUUGCGAGCCCGCCUCAUGGUGCUCUUCCCGAACCGGCUCCCUGCCCUGGUGCUGAGGAACUUGGGAAAUAGGGGAGACAGUUUUUGAAUGUGAUACUCUGUAGACACAUUUUAGGAAAGAAUUUUAUUCCCCAAGUCCAGGUGUAAAUUGAAUAAAUUAACAUUUUUUAAGAUAGCAUUAGGAACUAAGUGGGGCCAAGCAUCUGGAAACAUAGAUUUGUUUUUUUAAUUUCAUUUUCAUGAUGAUCGAUUCAAACAGAAUUGAUCGUAGCUUUGCAGCUCUUUAAUUUAGGUAACUAUAAGUUAUUUGUGAAAGUUAUUCCAUUUCUGAUAUGUGAAUUUUACAAAGAUAAAAUGAAUUUAUGUAUAGUAAAUUAUAUUCUCCAAGUCCACUGCAUGUGGAUUUAUAUUCAUUUUCUCUUGUUUUCAGAAUUAAAACAAUUUUAUUUCAAAUUCAAAUAAAAUAUUUUAAAUGAUUCCAUUAUUAUCACUUAUAUUGUUACCACUCAGUCCACUCCUCCAUUACUUGUAGCUAUGGCUCAGUAUUUCUUUACAAAAAGCUGAGAUUCUGAAAAUUAACAACCUUAGAAGAAUUUGUUUUAUACAUUUUCCUUGGCUUUAAUUUUACAUAAUCAUUUGGAAAAUACUAGUAACCAAAAAAAAUGGUUAUUUUCAACAGUGCAUUUUUAAAUUACCUUUCUUCAUUUUCUUAAACCACUUCCAUUGAUAGUUGCUUAAUCAUUUGGAAUCAUGGAUUUAAAAUUUCUCUAGCUCAUGGGAUAAAAACUAACCCAGAAGUUCAGUCUUUAAAAGUUCAUCUUUCCUAGAAUAUCCUUUAAAAAACUCCUGGCCUGUAGGUAACCACACACCAAGGAUGUUCUGUACCUUCUCAUUACCAUGUUGUGGCCAGCCAUAAGUAUCUUCCCCAAGAACAACUGAGUAUUUCUAAAAGUAAAUAAUGAAGAGUAAACAUGCAGUGGUAAUUGAGGAAGAGAGAGGUAUUAAAAUAACCAGCAGGAAUUUCCUUUCUGCAAAUGUUUUGUUUACUGGCACUGACCUUUUGCCAUACAGAGCCUACAGUAUUUGUUUUCCACUCUGAACACUUUACAAUUCUGAGAGUUGAUAUUAACAUCAUUUUUCAAAGAAACUUACUAGAUAAGGCAAACGUGGGGAGGGGAAGACGAUGCAUCGUGACCAUUAUUAGUAACACUUUUCCGGGCUCUGUCAUUUUCUCCCUCUCUAGUAAUUCAGAGCACGGCUGGCCAGGCUCCACAGGGCUGUGCUGACACUCCAGGCGGUCUGGAGGCAGUGCACGGAAGCGAUACUUAGGCAGCCUCUUCCGGGUCUCACCCUGUUCAGGUAGCCUCGUUAUUUGUCUUUCCUCACCAAGCAGGUGGAAGGCACCCGUUUACAUUGUAUCUCCUGCAAUGUGCUUGGCUUGGCUUGUCAAAGACAAGCAGACUUCCCUCUUGAGAGUCAGUAUAUUUUUAGUUUUCAUAGACACUUAUUUAACCUUUUUUUAUUGUACAGCAAGGUGCUCUAAGUAAUAUUCUAUAAAAUAUAUUUAAUAGAAAUUUGAGUUUGCUAUUCAAGAACAUGAAUACAUGUAUUUUUUUAAGAAAUAAGUAUUGUGUAACACUAAUGGCAUUUGCUUCUAUAGCCAAAGUCUGAACAUUUCUGGAACACUGACAUGGAAAGACUAUAGUUAAAGACUGUAUCCUGAUAAAAAUAGGAUGAUUUGCAUUUUGUAAAAUUAUCCUGCACAGCGAGCUGCAUGCCUUAACGCCUGAAAUCCCAGGGUUGUGUUCUUGGCAGAACAGCUCACCUGCUUACCAUGAGGCGAGGGCUGCCGGGCUUCAACUACCUUUGGAAAUACUGUACAAUGUUAGAAUAAUUUAUUUUGCUUUAUAGGAGUUUGUCAUGUAUUGACUUUAAUAUUGUAUUUUGGUAAUAAAUUUUUUGUUAAAAACA